AUGCGAAAUAGUCUGCAAAGUAUAUUAGAGGAUUACCCAGAUAUUAGUGACUUCAAGGACAAAAUUGCAUGUGCAUGGUAUUAUAUAGACGAAAUAGUAGGAAGUAGUAGUAUAUUACCUUAUGACCAUCGAUGUGACUAUUUCUAUUACUGGCUAGGUGAUUUAAUUUCUAACAAAUUGAAGAUGAACUCAGGUUCAUUUCCGACCGUUAUGAAUUUGAUCUACGGAAAAUUACCGAAGAAGAAAAAUGCAAGGGAGUGUAACCUUAUUUAUAGUAAUAUUAAGAAAGAACAGUUUGAUAACAUGAAAAAAAUAUAUGACCACUCCCAAGACUACAGCACUAUUAAACAACGGCUGGAGCAAUCUGGAUCCCGAUGUACUGAGGAACUUAAACAAUACAUGGAAGUUAUUUAUUCAACCUAUGAUACUGUUCAAAAGGAAUGUGAUGGUAAGAGUGAUGGCCCUUGUAAUAGUUUUGAACAGAAGUAUAAAGAUUCCUGUAGUAGGAAGUUUGCACAAUUAUCCUGUUCGGAAGGAAUAAGUGCAGCCACCGCUGCUGUGUCGUCCAUCCUAGGAGUAGCAGCAUUACCACUAACCACAUUUUUUUUAUAUAAGUAUGACCUUUUACCUUCUGCAAUAAAAAACACCUUCUUUCGCGGAGGAGGACGAGGAAGCACAAAUAACAAUAGAAGAAAAGGAAGAUCCACUAGCAGGAAUGAAUUUGACACUCUAACUUCAAUGGACGGCGCCUCCACAUUCGAUUCAACGGACCUCUCGACAGCAUAUUCAGCAGCAGCAUAUUCGACAGAGGAUUCUACCGUAUAUGGUGGACGACCACCAUCCAGAGGAAAGGAAGGAAGAACAAAUAAUAGAAGACCAGGAAACAUGAAGAAUAUUAGUUAUCAA